UGGCGGAAAGAAGCCACACACUUACGAUUAACACAAAUAACAACUAUGUUUUUGCAUUUAAUCCUAUCUAUGCACAGCCAUUUUKCCUCUUAGUACUAAAUUAACUCAAAUACCUUUGCAUUGGUUUGAAAAAGUGCUCAAGAUGCCCCGGACAAGCAGAAAAACYCGCGUUCAAAGAMGKACWUGUGUCAAGUGCAAAAUGUGUGGCAGUCUUGUAAAACACGAAAACCACGAGAAAAAGUCUUCAAAAGAUAUUCCAGGUUAUUUUUAUGAUGCAGAAAAGCAACGAUAUUUUAAGAUAACAAAUGAAACAAAGGACAAGUAUAAAUCUCAGAGGAAAAAGAAAGAGCCAACGUUUUGUGAAACGUGUACAAAUUAUAAAGCAAUUCAAGAAAGGAAAAGACGAAAUUGCUCAGUAGUAAAACAAAUUGUAUCACAACAGUAUAAACACAGAACACCUUGGAGUUUACGAAGGGAAACUCUUGAAAGCCUAGUUAGUAGUUACUAUGUCAAGGAAAAGAUGGACAUUGAGYUAACACACCUUGAYCCRUGYGACUUUGCUGUAUGUCAGAUAGAGCCUGAUUUGAAGUGCCAAAAGGUUUUAACACUAUAUAAAACAAUCAAUGCUGAACACCAAAUUGUCCAAUUCCAUCAAGUGGAAAGGGAAUCAAAAAGUAAAUUGACACUCGUUCCUGGUACGGCAAUGAUGAAGAAACAGGCUGUUACAUCUCUUCACUGGAGUCCUCACCCAAAGACAUCAGAGUUCUUUUUAAUGUCAUUAUUAGGAUGUGAUGGAAAGUGGGGAGAAGGGAUGCUUUUCCAUACCAAUGGAGUCAUGCAAACAUUUAUAAGUCGCUAUCCCAUGAAUCAUCAUUCAGUGUGGACAAGUGCCUGGUGUACUAAUCCAUUCUAUGAUAACAUCAUUAGCAUGGGUGCCUCUAAAAUGGCGCUUACAUUUGAUGUCAAUACCAGAAGGCGAAUGCUACGUUUUCUUUCCAAUACUGAUGUUUUUGCACAGGAUUUUGCUACUCAAAGUCCAGUUCUUUUCAAUGGUUUCCGUAAUGGAGACAUCAAGAGYUCUGAUAUUCGCUUAACAGGGUCACGUGUUCCUUGCUUGUUUAUGGCUCAAGAUAAACCAAUUACAUCACUAAAACUACUACGAGACGAAGUGUACUUAAUGGUCAGUGGGAUGGAUGAUACUAUACGACGGUGGGAUUUACGAAUGUCAAAAGUUGUUCAAGAAUAUCAUGGUCACUGUAAUACAACCACACUUGGCCUUUCUAUCUUCAUGGAUCCAUCAGAGUCAUUACUAUUUGCAGCUGGUGAAGACUCUGUCACACGUAUCUGGAGUGUCAGCAGUGGGGAGUUAGUCCAUACCAUACCAUUCCCUGUUGAAGAAAAAACCAACCUAUCCUCUAUACCUGCUCUUAGCUWCUCUGAUGAGUGGGGKGGACCUGGGGGUUUACCAGGGCUUAUGUAUGGAASCAAUGAAGUGAUGCGCUGGUAYGGUACGUGAUGAUGGUGUAYGAUAAUUCUUUUUGUCCAAGCGAAAAAAUGGAGAGUGUAUAGUAAGAUGUGACUGAAGAAAGUUGGAAAUUCAGGAUUCAAGAAACAGUUACUGAUGUUUGAAACUUAUCAAUGCUAUAAAUGUGUUUGGCGUUAAACAACGUUGGAAUUCUGAGGACUUGAAUAUUGAGAUAUUGAACUGUUUUCAACUCAAAGUUUGAAAUCAUGAAAAUGCAUGUUUGACAGUUGAUAUUUCAAAACAAAUCAAUGUCUGAACAAGAUUAUUAAUGAUUGAUUGAUACUUUCAAUUGAAUGAAAUUCACUGGGAAUAUUUGAAAAGAGGUUUACAGAUGAAAGUUGCCAUGGAAACAAAGUUGGCUGUGUAGCCCACRAAAGAAAAUAUAAACAAUAAGAAUUAUUGAUAAUAAUUAAUAGAUUAUUUUAAUAAGACACAAAUAAGAUUGCCUAUAUUAAACAGUGAAGGUGUCAGCUCAUUCAACUUUGAAGCAGCAGUUAAUAGCAGGAGACUAACAAUAUCAUUAUUAUUUAAUUAUUAAUAUUAUUUUUUUAAAACAAUAUUUGAUGCUGCUAUUAAAAAACAUUUAUAUAGAUGCUUGUUGGUAACAUGGAAUAAAAACAUUGUUUUCAAAA